AUGUCAUUGCCAAAUUCAGCGGAAGAAUGUGUGACUCGCAUUUACAAAGAUUGCGAUAAGAAGUCGAAGGGAAAUAGUAAGACCGUGGAGCAGAAGAACACUUCCUAUACUAAGCAGAGACGUAAAUCCGCCACUCACCGUUCUGUUCCUAGUCUCGGUUUUUGUAAGGAACUCAACUACAUUGACGAUGAUAAAAAGAGAGAGCGUAUUAACGAUUUAAAUGAGGCCAAAGCGAUGAUCAGAAGGCUAUCUGGUGAUAGCCAUCCACCCAAGGUAACAGCAACGAAAUCACAUUUCCAGCUAUCUUCCACAGCUUAUGGUGUGAGAAUGUUGUCGAAGGAUCUAUCCAACACCAGGGUGGAACUAAAAGUGGAAAAUCUGAUGAUUGUCACAAAGACACACGACGUAUCUUUGAUCUACUUGACAAGAGAACUUGUUGAAUGGCUAUUGAUCAAUUACCCAAAGGUUACUGUUUAUGUUGGCGAGGAUAUGAAGAACUCCAAGAAAUUUAGUGCAGAGGACCUAUGCAAGGACAGUAGAUGUGAAAAUAGAAGAAUAAAAUAUUGGAAUCCCAAGUUUGUGGAUGAACAUGAUAACUUUUUUGAUCUAAUUGUAACCUUGGGCGGUGACGGUACAGUUUUGUUCGUUUCUUCGGUCUUCCAGAGACAUGUACCACCUGUCCUAUCGUUUUCACUGGGAUCCCUAGGGUUCUUAACCAACUUCCAAUUCGAGAAUUUCAAAGAAGAUCUUGCUACCGUGUUGAACAACAGGAUCAAAACCAAUUUAAGAAUGAGAUUGGAUUGUAAAGCUUACCGCAGACGUCCACCAAUUAUAGACCCAAAUACAGGUAAGAAAACAUGUGUCACUGAACUGGUAGGACAGCAUCAAGUGCUUAACGAACUGACAAUCGAUAGAGGUCCGAGUCCCUUCAUCUCUAUGUUGGAGUUAUAUGGUGAUAAUUCACUCUUAACAAUGGCCCAGGCAGACGGCUUAAUUAUAGCGACUCCAACGGGUUCCACAGCGUACUCACUAAGUGCAGGAGGGUCUCUAGUCUACCCCAGCGUGAACGCGAUCGCUGUCACACCUAUCUGCCCUCAUACUCUAAGUUUCAGACCAAUUAUUUUACCCGAGAGUAUGACCCUCAAAGUGAGAGUAUCCAUGAAAUCAAGAGCUACUGCAUGGGCCGCGUUCGACGGUAAGAGUCGGCUAGAGCUAAAGAAAGGUGAUUACAUCACAAUCCAAGCCAGUCCCUACUCUUUCCCCACAGUGGAAUCUCACCCCACAGAAUUCAUCGACAGUAUUAGCCGAACACUAAAUUGGAAUGUGCGAGAGCAGCAACGCUCAUUUACACACAUGCUAUCACGCAAGAACCAAGAAAAGUACGCCAGUGAUGCAGGAAACACCCGUGCCGACGACGAAGAAGUCGAGGAAGUGAUAAUUGACAAGAACAAAAAACCUCCAAAAUUUAGGCUUCACGAUAACGCCGAUGAUGACAAUGACGACGAGAACGAGGAAGCUUUAGAAGACGACACUAGUUUAGCUCCCGUGAGCCCGAAGAGUAAACCAAUCGACCAAAUUAGAUCUCCUCAGGCGAAUUUCACCAUCUAA